AGCAGUCUGUGAGCGUCAACAUGAGUGGCAGCAGGGGAGGGCCACAAGGGGGGGGUCUCCAUGCUCUGCUGUCACACACCUCCCCCCAGCUCUCAGCCAAAGGCAUUCCGUCUGACGCGAGCGUGCAGGCGAGCUGGACCUGGACUGAGCGGACAGUGUCCAUGGCAGCGGCUCUGCAGGCCGGCUCAGAGGCCCUCCAGGCGGAGUUGGAUGGGAUCAGGAGGGGGCACGGGCCCUCGCGAUGGGAGCUGUCCUCCAGGCUGCGACACCACAGCGCCGCUCUGCUGGAGAGAGGUGUUCCUGCAUCCAUGAGUGCCGUUGGACACUGUGAGGUGGGAGCGCGUGUCGUGAGCACAGGGCUGACUGUCCUCGUGCAGGACCAAAGGAGGGGGCACCUGCACGUGGAAGUGGGAAGAACAGACAAGAAUGGCAGGGUCGCCGUGUCACUGGGGCACGACGACAGGAGGCUGGAUGGAGUCCUGCCAGAGUCGUUUCAGAUGAACUGCAGUGGACACGCUGCGGCGGCUCAGCUCUCAGGCCGAUGCUCUGGAGUCGUGGCGGGUUUCCCCGUCAAGACACCCAUCUCUCGCCACUUUUCAAUGAACGGGUCCCUCGCCACCUCCAAGCCCAGCCUGCUUUUGGACGCCCUGCUGGAGGGGGGACCCGGGGAGAGGGGGGAGCUGAGCCUAGCGAUGGAGAGCACCCCCCAGCUUCACCUGCGGGCCGCCGUCCGGCACUCACUGCCCCCACUGCGGCUGCUGGGCGUGCCCCCUCGUGGCACCCUUACCCUGUCCGCCCACUCGGGGGGGCGGCCCUCAGUGCUGCUGACAGUGGUGCUGGGGCCGUGUGAGGUCAUGGCCCGGCUUGGGGCCGAACCCAUUAGUGGAACGGGGGAGACUGGCUCAAGCUGGGCCGCCAACUGGACCAACCACUGCCAAGCUCUACAGGAUGUCGGACUCCCCGGCUCUCUGGAGCUCUCCGGCCUCGUCUUGCUCUCUCCCUGCCGGUCGGCUCUCUCCUCCAGCCUCCAUGUGGACGGGGAGGCCCUGUCCCUGGAGCUGGGCCACACCUGUCAACCCUCACGCCGCUUCACCGGCGGCCUGACACACUCCUUCUCCCGGCUCCGUCGCAGGGGCCUCCCUACGGAGAGCAGGCUGGCCCUGCUGGUGCCCGGAGGCCCUGGGAAAAAUGGGACUCUCCUGCUGAAGGUGGGCUCUUGUCAGAUCAGAGCCAGCAGAGAUUUGGGGUCUGGAGGGAAGAGCCAGUGGGUUUGGGCCACUGAGUCUGCAUGUCCACUUCUGGAGGGCCUCGGCCUUCCCACUCAGGCCCAGUUUAACGGCUCCCUGCUAAUGGACGGCUGCGCAGUGGAGGCGCAGCUGGAGGCGCAGAUGGAGGGCCAGCAUGCGUCCCUUGAGCUGCAUGCGCAGUGCCACCCGGGGUUGCGCAUUGAGGGCGUGCUGCAGCACAGCCUACCCGCCCUGGGGUCCCUGCCACAGCUCGGCCGGCUGCUGGUGGUUGCGACAGCAGCCCCGAUGCGCUACGAUGCUCAGCUAGCCCUGCGGCUGGACCUCUGCGCCCUGGCCGUCUCCGGGGGCCUGCGGAGAGGCAGCCGGCUAGAGGGUUUGAUGUUACUGCAGAACAACUGCACGAUCCUGAGGGAGCUGGGCACUCCAUCCAGGCUCGAAGGAUCCGGAUCUUUGGCCAUUAGCAAGGAGAUCACAGACUCGCAUCUGUCCCUGGCCGCAGAUGACAGGAAAUUGCAGGCUCUUCUGACUACCAAAGCAGCUGGGACCAAGCUGGACGUUCUGGCCCAGCUUAACCACUCCAUGCCCCUCUUACUGGUUGCUGGGGUCCCUCCCACUACAAAGCUGUCUUUUAACUCCGACAGAGGUCGUGAUUCCUACCACAAGACUCUCAGCUGCAUCUUAGGCAGCCAACAGAUCACUGAAGAUCUGAGUAUUGAGAAGACCGAGGAAGGGGUCAGACUGAUGUACUGCUUCAAUCACUCUGUGGGCUCCCUGAAGGACUUUGGGAUACCCAAGAACAACAGCAUUCAGGCCAAGUUGGGCUUCGGGGAGGUGAGGAGCUUAUCGGUGCUCUCUCAACUUGGAGCAGAACUCGCCAGCCUGGGGGCAGAGCUGAAGGACACAUCUGAAGGCACCAAAGUGACAGGAUCGCUGCAGCACAGCUGGCCCUGGUUGGAGAAGCGAGGCCUUCCCAAGGUUGUGGAGGCACUGUGCUCUGUGCAGGGGCACUUCCCCCAGCUGCAGUCCAGGGUGCACCUCUCUGUGGAUGGGGAGAAGCUGUUGGUCUCUGCACUGAAUGUCAGCUUGUCCAGGGGCCGCCUGGGCCUGCUGUUCUCCCUUGCUGCCCCCCGGGAGCUUCUGCCAGGGCUUCCCCACAACCUGGGCAUGGCCCUCACCGCACACCACCAAGGCAGUCAGAAGCAGGUGUCUGCGGAUGUUUACUGCGACAGCACGCGAGUCCGUGUUGCCGGGGAGAUGGCCGGCUGGGGGACGGGAGGACGCGAGGCCAGGGCUGCUGUCCUCCAUAUCGGCGAGGGGGGAGACACACCCACCACCCCCAUGCUUCAGGUGGAGGCCUGGGGGAGGCUCACUGACUCUCAGCUGCGUUGCUCUCUGGCUGUAAACCCCAAGACUAACUCCUCGCUGGCUUUCACGGCACACGGACAUGACAUGUCCUCCAGGAAGGAACUGAACAUCAGGAUGCAGCAGAACAUGCCUGCGCUGCAGGAUCACCUGCCCUCACAGCUGGAAGCCAAAGCUCAGCUGAAUCACAGCGGUGUUAGCAUGCAGGGCCUGGCUGAGGUGCGAGCAGGCAGCUCGGAGCUCCGUGCCGUAGGCCAGCUAGCGCUCUCAGGGCCCGGAUGGAGCCAGGCGCUGGAGCUGAACCAUUCGUUUGCACAGCUGAGUUCCAUACCCAGAAAUAUGGCGGUGAGGAUGACGUAUAAGGGUGGAAACUGGACAGGAAGUCUGCAACAGGAAGUUGUGUGGGGAGGUCACAUGAUCGGAGUCUUGGGAGAGUAUGCCACACCCACUGAACACAUGAGGGGUGUCCAUCAACUGCAAGUUCAGGUGUCCACCAGCUUUCCUUUCCUGCCUCAUGAGUGCGGUCUGGAUGUUCGGUUAGAUAGCUCAGUCCAUCGACAACUGGACAGCGUCCUGCUGGAGUGCACGGGACAGGAAAGAAAUGAAAAGGUGAGGCUGCUGUGCUCGUGGAGCAGGGAAGAGGAGCUCUGGGAGGGUACCGUGGACAUGAGGCAGCCCUUUACUCAGGCCCUGUCGCACCUCCAUCUUCACACGCUCUCGCAGAGCCUCGCCCAUAGACAGGGGAGCAGCCACCAGGCCCAGGUCUCCUGGAAUGAAGGACGACCUCUGAAUGCAACACUGACCGUGAGCAGACACUUGCAUGGAAGCUCCAGCAGAGGGCAGGCUUGCCUAUUGCUGUCACCAGGCCAGAUGCAGGCAGUGCUCCCCCUGGUGGACAUCGAAGGAUGUGUCAGCAUGGCCAGGGAAGGCAGCUCUUACUCCCAGGCAGCAGAGUUGAAAUGGGCUGACAAGCGGAUCACGCAGGCUAUGAAGUACCAGAGAGGAGCGAAGGGCGUACAUACACUGCAGCUGGAGGGUGGUGCCGAGAACGUGUCCCCCCUGCCCUGUUCGUCCCACACCUUCCUUGCCCAGGUCCACACUAAUGGCCAAGAUCAGCUGGAGCACCACCUGCUCCUGGGUCUGUGUCCCCCACACCCAGCGUGGACCGUGUCCGGAUACCACCGUAUCAGCACAGGCAGGCAGCUGCUCUACACCCAGACCCGCCUGUCUGUAUCCGGCCAGCCGUGGCACAGCAGCCUGACCCUGGUCCUCACCAACGACUCCAUCCCUCACCGCAACAACCUCUCCCUGCACACCGAGCUGCAGCUGGGUGACGGAGCUCUCGAGCUGGGAGGCAGUGUAUUCUCAUCUCGCCGGGGUGCAGGUCUUCUCAUGCAAGCCAGACUGGACCGCAGUGACCGCCUCUGGCUGCAGGGGGCACUAGAGGGAAGAUGCUUGCAGACUGCUGCGGGGUUCAGUGAUGGAGCGUCAUUAGACGAUGAAUUGACCAUAGCACUGUGUCUGGAGGGGAGACGACGUUCGACACUGGAGGUGCACAGGAGAGAGGGCGUGGCCAAGCGGAGUAGGCUGGCGUCUUUUUCUGUGAGGGCAGCCAAUCAGAGCUUGACAAUUGGCGUGCAAGGCUGCGCAGAGAGCCUACAGGAGGCAGAGGCCAGAGUACGAGUCCUGGGGUCCCACAUAAAGAACAAGCUGCUGGAAAAAAUAAGGAUCCUACAGCGCCUCCUAGUGGAAUUCAGGCACCAGUCCCGGGACAGCGUGCUGCUUCAGGAAAUGAGUGAGCGGCCCCUCCGUGUGACCCAGAGGGCCGAGGCUCUGCUCAUGCAGGGGCCCGGGGGGGUCUGGGGGGCCUGGAGGAGGGGUCUCUUACGCCAUUCCCUCACCGACGCUGUGCCACGCUACCUGGGCAUGCUGAACCGAGCGUCCCUGCAGAUCCAGCAGGAGCUGAAGAGGCCACUGGCCACCCUGGCUGGGGCCUACCAGGAUGUGACGGGCCGUCGAUUCGACACGGCCUGGAGAGAUGGAGCGGCUCUCUGGGCACGGAGACUGGUGGAGGUUCUGCCUGCAGUUCUGGAGGAGCACCACCAGAGGGCGACGAAGGCCGUACUGAGCACGCUCACCUCCAUCCUGGACAUUGCAAGUCAGCAGACAGCUUUGUGGGUAGAAUCCAGGCUGGCAGCAGCAUUGGCUGGGCUCAGAAGACAGCUGGCCUCGCUUUACAAGCUGUCACACAGCCACUGUGAGGUGACGCUUCAGGUGCCGCUGCCCAGGGUGACCUGGUCCGACGUCGGGGAGGCUGGACUGGUGGAGUUCCUUCUGGAGGAGUGGCUUCUGAGACCCGUGGUGGCCCUGACCUCCCUGCAACCUACCGCCGAACUGUAUCGGCUCAAGAGGAAGAUGAUAGAGAGCCCCUUCGGCCACCAGGCUCUGCUGGUGUCAGAUCAGUUUGCGGUGUCCUUCAACGGCCGCCUGUACGAGUUGCCCCCUCGCUGCGCGCUGCUGCUGGCCCGUGAUGCAGCUCGUGGUGCCUUCACUGUGUUGCUGAGCCCAAAUGGAGGCCCACAGCGCAGUCUUCUGCUGGAAAUGAGCAACGUCACUGUCAGCAUUCCGUCCAGUGGACAGGUGCAUAUCAACUGCCGCGUGACAGACAAAUCGAUCACGGACAAUGGCGUGACAGUCAGAAGAGACUCCAACCUUGUUGAAGUAUCCAAUCAGGAGGGAGCAGUGGUGUCAUGUGACCUGUCACAUGGUGUUUGCAGUUUGACUCUCAACAGCUGGCACCAUGGCACUUCUGUGGGUCUCCUGGGGACCAAUGACAAUGAAGCAGGAAAUGACCUCACUCUUCCCGAUGGAUCUCAAGCAGAAAGUGAGGAGCAGUUCAUCCAGAGCUGGCAGGUACGCCCUCAGUGUCGCAGUGACCCUGGGAAGAUGGGGUCCUGCUCCAACACCACCAAUGCUAAGCUGGCCCCCAGCCUCCCUGGCUGUGCCUCGCUGUUCUCAUCCUCCGACUCCCCCCUAAGUGCCUGCUUCAGAGUGGUGGAUCCGCUGCAGUUCCUGGCUGUAUGUGACAGGAGCCGCUGUAACCAGGACAGGGCCCCCUGCAGGCUGGCAGCUGCAUUUGUCCAUCUCUGCCACCGUAACUACGUGCCUUUGGAGCUUCCAGAGGAAUGUGUGAAUACAUAAGUGGGUGGAGUCACCAGAAGUGGUGACACAUAAGCAACCUGAGGAUGAAACCCGGCCAGAAUGCCUGCGCGGCGUGAGCAUGCUGACCCCAGAUCAGUCGCUAAAGUCACACACCGACACACAACAGGGCCUGUGACCACAGAGGAAUGUAUAUGCAAGCAUGAGUAUCUGUGCCUCUUUAAUGUCUCCUCAUUCAACUGUGAAAUCGUCUUAUGAAGUCUGUCAAGCAGUGUACACGAUAUGUGUAUAUCUUCCCAUUCACACUGUAAGCAUGUGCCUGUAAAUGAUUUAUAAAACCAAGUUAAACCCUUAAAUCUAUCCCUUUCUAAUAUAUUUUGCUGAUCAGGUGAUCCUUUAAAUGAAUGGCUAUGAAAUAUUUUAACAUGUCACAUUAACUAAAAAAAAAAAAAAAUCAUUGAAAUCUUAAUUUUUUUAUACUUUUGUGAAGCCUUUUUGUUAAAAAUGAAAAUGUUACCGAUUCUGAUUUUACAUAAGUUGGUGUGACUUUUUUUUUUUUUUAGCGUUUAUGUAAUAGGGCACAACACUUGUGAUGUCAUACUCAGACUACCUGUCAGUUAACAUUCUUGUGAACUGGAAUGUUUUUCUGGUGGUUCGUAUCCACUCAGACCCCAGAAAUUAAAACGUACUUGACUAAAUCCACAUUGAGGAGAGUUUAUAUUCACAACAUUUUAACAUGUUAAGGCUUUAAGAUGACGUCUCUGUUUCACCAUCUUAAUAUUACUCUUGUGUAUAUAUAUUAAAAAGCGGAACAUAAUGUUUUGUUUUUCUUUUCAAUAAAAGUGACGUAUGUACUUAUUUAUGCGCCAGACACUUAAUUGUGUGACCAAUGUAAUGCAACUUAUUCAUUAAUCAAAAUGCACAUUU